AUCGGUCAGCUGCUUCUCCUGAGACGAGUGCAAGUUGGGCGAAAAAAGCAGCGAAAAAGUUGGCAGUCGAGCAUAAUUUCGACGGAAAAGGCGGCGCACUCCCCAAAAUUUCAUCACGGCGACGCCUUAGCAAGCCUGGCCUCGAGCGGGGAGUCAGACGACGGUGGACUAGCUCCGCCACCGCGUAAAAAACAACGCACUCUGGAGGAAGCUACAAUGCAGCAGGCAGCAAAUGGCACUGUGGAGCAGAAUGGAGUCUCGGCCACUGCGAACGGCGCUGGCGAACCCUCGAGUAGUGGUCUGCAGAACGGCUCGAGCAGCUUCGGUGGCAUGACCAAUGGCGACGGCGCCUCCAACGGCGACUUGAGCUCGCCCAAGAUAAUGGACAGGACCAACCACGACAUUGUGCGCCUCAUAGGUCAACACCUUCGGACCAUUGGCCUCAACCGCACUGCAGACAUGCUGAUGCAGGAGUCUGGCUGCAGAUUGGACCAUCCAACUGCUGCAAAAUUUCGCCAGCAUGUUAUGGAUGGAGACUGGAACAAGGCGGACAAUGACCUCCUGGAAUUAAAAGGACUGCUGGAGAAUUCAACGCAAAGCCUUGUGGAAAUGAGAUUUCUCAUAAUGGAGCAGAAAUAUCUGGAGCAUCUGGAAGAUGGCUCGGUUAUGGACGCUCUGCAGGUUUUGCGUCACGAGUUAACACCACUCCAACAUAACACAGCUAGAGUUCACACUCUCAGCAGCUUUAUGAUGUGCAGCGGGCAAGACGAGUUGCGGGCCCGAGCUGAUUGGAAAGGCAAAGGCCUUGAAUCGCGCACAAUUCUAAUGGAGAAGCUGCAGCACUACUUGCCACCAACAAUCAUGCUCCCACCCAAAAGGUUGUAUUCUCUGCUGUGCCAGGCGGUUGAGCUGCAGAAAACCCGCUGCCCUUAUCACAACUCUCAGUGUGAAGAUGGACUGAUUGAUGUUUCCCUCCUUGUUGACCAUCUCUGCUCAAAGGAUGAGUUUCCGUGCGAAACAGUCCAAGUUCUCAAUGAUCACUGCGACGAGGUGUGGUUCUGCCGCUUUUCCCCAGAUGGUCUGAAACUUGCAACUGGCUCAAAAGACAAUACUGUCAUCAUUUGGGAUGUUGAUCCUGAAACGUUGACAUGCAGUGUCAAAAAAACUCUUGACGGACACUCGUAUGGUGUAGCUUACCUGUCGUGGAGUCCAGACGGAUCGUAUCUCAUUGCGUGCGGCCCAGAGGAUUGUCCUGAAGUGUGGGUGUGGAAUGUGGACACUGGUGACAUUCUCUGCAAAGUGACAAACAACACUGAGGACUCACUCACCUCCUGCUCUUGGCACAAAGAUGGAAAGAAGUUUGUGACAGGGGGGACCCGAGGCCAAUUUUACCAAUGUGAUCUAGAGGGCACUGUUGUGGAUUCUUGGGAUGGUGUCCGUGUCAACUGCCUGUGGUGCCGCAACGAUGGAAAAUCUAUCUUGGCUGCUGAUACUCAUCAUCGGAUUCGAAAUUACUGUUUUGAAUUCCCGCAAGAUUCUAAUGUCAGAAUCCAAGAGGACCAUCCAGUUAUGGCUUUUACAGUCAACAAAGCCGAUCGCUUAGCCUUACUCAAUGUUGCCACUCAGGGCGUCCACCUGUGGGACAUCCAAGAUCGAUGCCUUGUGCGAAAGUUUCAAGGCGUCACUCAGGGACACUUCACCAUCCAUAGCUGCUUUGGGGGUGUUAAUGAGGAGUUUGUUUCCAGUGGAAGCGAAGACAAUAAAGUGUACAUAUGGCACAUCAAACAAGAAAUCCCAAUCGCCACCUUGGAGGGUCACACUCGGACUGUCAACUGUGUCUCAUGGAAUCCUGUUUACCAUGAAAUGCUUGCCUCUGUGUCUGAUGAUAAUUCUGUCAGAAUAUGGGGCCCAUCUCAAAAGUACCGUCGCACCAAAAGUAAACCAAGUCUGACUGAAGACAGUUCAUCAUCCAAUGGGAGUAGUGGGGCUUGGCAUGAGAUGAUCUCGUAGCUGAGUGUUGGAGACGAUGAAGCUGCAAACUUUGGGAAAUGUUUGCUGUCUUAACCAGCUAAGGAAGUCUUAGCAGCCAAUUCGUCAUGGAUUCGCAUAUACCAAGCUGUUAAAUAUAUCAAUUAGUAUUUUUGAGGUUUUGCUGGUCUGCAAUAACAAAGAAGUAUGAUGUCAAGAAUUUCUGCUCACUGCGUCUUCACCAGAGAGUGACGACUAAUAUAGUGAUCAAAAACUAUCUUGGUUGCAGCAGUGUUUAAUUUCGUCUGAGUACACAUGAGCUACGGACAAAAAGACUGAAUUACGAAUAAUGAUUUCAUCAAAGGCCUUUUACCGAAUUAUGGUUGGAUAAAGCCAAUAGUUUUAGUUGCAUACUCGCAUCACACAAAAAAAAUAUUUGCGAACAUCCGAUUUUGUUUUGAUGUCUAUGUUGCUUUCGUUUUCAAAGAAUCUCCCUGAAAAAAAUCAAAAUUGUAUAUUCAUUACUGAGCAGCAUUACCUCUACAUUGUAAAUAUUGUGUAAAAUAUAUAAAUCACCUUCUCAGUUCUUUACCAAGUCUUUCAGGACUAUUAAUUUGCCCAAGAUGCAGGUGAAUAUAUCAACAUUCAGGUCAAAAUAAUGCUUGUUUAAGUUUCCGUAUUGCCAAAUGAAGAAAUGUAAAAAUUACAAUGUAACCUUCCCUUGUGCAGUGAUAAAAAAGUUCAAAGGUUAUUGUACACUUCUGAUUAAAAAGUGCCUGUACUUUAUUCAUGAUUCAUCUCUUUGAGAUGAACUCGACACUUUGAAGAAGCUGUGGUUGAUUACAAAAGGCACUUUUUAAAUCAGAUAUCCAUGUAAAAUGCCAAUUGCAUAGCAAAAUUGUUAAUCAUUGAGCUCCUCGCCAUUUCACAGUUAAAUUAUAAGGUUUCCUGAACAUGGGCAUCAGAUUUUAAUUUCUAAUUUGUUUUCAUUUUUGUAAAAUACCAAUUUAUUAAACAACUCGAAUUCUGUUUUAUUGCAAAGAGUUUUUACUUGAAUUUGUCCAUUCAUAGACGGAAGCGGUUCGUUAAGAAUAGAAUUGAUGUUGUGCUUGUGAAAAAGAAUGCGAAAAUUAGGAAAUUGGAAAAGAUCACAACACCAGCUAUAUUUGAUGUUUGCGAGUAUUUAAACUGUACUAUGGUAGACCAAUUAUGAGUUUGAUUGCAAACUCUUAAAGAGGUAAAACUUAUCAUUAUUUUGGUAAUGAUUGAUGUAAUUAGCUAACUGAUGACUGUGUCAAUCGAUAUGCAGUAUCGCAAUUCACUAUCUUUGGCACAUAAACACCUGAAAUAUGCUUCAUGAUGAAUACCUCCUUUAAAUUAUGCUGUUCACCUUGUUGACGAAGGGUAUUUUUCAUAAAGUAAACAAACUUGAGGUUAUUUGUGAAGUUUGUUAUUUGCGUGUUAACUCAAUUAUUUCUGAUUUAAUCUAUAUUAACAACCUAAAUAAAUUUCCCUUUUUACAACA